AUGAACGGCGCCGGCCCUACCGAAGAAAUCGACCUCUAUGCCAUCCUCGGCGUUGAGAAAGAUGCCUCUCAAGCCGAUAUCAGAAAAGCCUACCGGAAGGCUGCCCUUGCCCAUCAUCCCGACAAAGUUGCUCCUGAAGAACGUGAAGAAGCCGAAGUCCGUUUCAAGGCCGCUUCUCAAGCCUACGAAAUUCUCUAUGAUGACGAAAAACGACAUCUCUACGAUGCUCACGGAAUGGCAGCCUUCGAUGGCUCGAGGGGGCCUGGAGGCAUGGGCGGGGACGUCAAUAUGGAAGACAUCUUGAACAUGUUUGGUAUGGGGGGAGGAAUCCCUGGCAUGGGAGGAAUGGGAGGUAUGCCUGGUGGUCCUCGCAAGAUGCGCCGCUCUCCAGAUGAGAACCAGAAAUACGAAGUCACUCUCGAAGAAUUGUACAAGGGCAAGACUGUCAAGUUUUCCUCCACGAAGAACGUCAUCUGCUCCAAAUGUAACGGAACUGGUGGAGCUGACAAGGCCAAACCAAAAGAGUGCUCUGCUUGCAAGGGCCAGGGUGUCAAACAGGUUCUGAGUCAAGUUGGUCCGGGUAUGCUCACUCAACGAAUGGUUGAGUGUGGUGCCUGCGAAGGUACUGGGCAAGUCUUCAACCCCAAGGACAAAUGCAAAAAAUGCAAGGGCAAGAGAACUACUGAAGAGAAGAAACAACUCGAACUCUACAUUCCACGCGGGGCUCGGGAGGGCGACCAAAUUCGUCUAGAAGGCGAGGCUGAUCAAAUACCCGGCGCCGAACAGACCGGUGACAUCGUCUUCCAUCUGGUCGAGCUGCCACACGAAGUAUUCCAACGCACAGGUAACGACCUUUCAGCCAAGCUCGAGAUUUCUCUCGCGGAGGCUUUGACUGGCUUUCACCGUGUUGUGCUAAAACAUCUCGAUGGUCGUGGUCUUGAACUCAACCAUCCUCAAGUUCCUGGUCAGAUUCUACGUCCUGGAGAGGUUCUCAAAGUCCACGGUGAAGGUAUGCCGUUGAAGAAGACCGAUGUCAAAGGUGAUCUGUACCUCGUCAUUGAAAUUCUCUUCCCUGAGGAUGGCUUCUUCACCGACCCUGCGACACUAGACAGCCUACAGAAAUUGCUCCCUCCUCCACCAGAGCCUAUCGAAGCAGAAGAAACAGACGAAGUCACUUUUGAGGUCGCCGAUAUCGAUGACAUCGGUGGUGAUGAAGCACCAAAUCAAUGGGAGGACGAAGAUGGGCCCCAGCAAGCACAAUGUCAAACGCAGUAA